GAUCUGAAUCCAGUUUGGCCCUGAGGCUGGUGAAUGGAAGUGACAGGUGUCAGGGCUGAGUGGAGGUCCUCUACUGAAGCUCCUGGGGCACCGUGUGUGAUGAUAGCUGGGACAUCAGUGAUGCCAAUGUGUGGUCUGCAGGCAGCUGGGCUGUGGUUGGGCCAUGUCGGCCCCAGGAAAUGCCCGGUUUGGUCAGGGCUAUGGACCCAUUUGUCCUGGAUGAUGUGCACUCCUCAGGGCAUGAGUCCUACCUGUGGAGCUGUCCCCACAGUGGCUGGCUCUUCCAUUAACUGUCAGCACAGUGAAGACGCUGGGGUCAUCUGCUCAGCUGCCCAGUCCCGGUCGACACCCAGGCCAGACACGUGGCCGACCACCAACUUACCUGCAUCGACAGAAGGAUCUGAAUCCAGUUUGGCCCUGAGGCUGGUGAAUGGAGGUGACAGGUGUCAGGGCCGAGUGGAAGUCCUCUACCGAGGCUCCUGGGGUACCGUGUGUGAUGACAGCUGGGACAUCAGUGAUGCCAAUGUGGUCUGCAGGCAGCUGGACUGUGGCUGGGCCACGUCAGCCCCAGGAAAUGCCCGGUUUGGUCAGGGCUAUGGACCCAUUGUCCUGGAUGACGUGCGCUGCUCAGGGCAUGAGUCCUACCUAUGGAGCUGCCCUCACAAUGGCUGGCUCUCCCACAACUGUCGCCAUAGUGAAGACGCUGGUGUCAUCUGCUCAGCUUCCCAGUCCCAGUCAACGCCCAGGCCAGAUGCUUGGCCAGCCACUGACUUACCUGCAUCUACAAUAGGAUCUGAAUCCGGUUUGGCCCUGAGGCUGGUGAAUGGAAGUGACAGGUGUCAAGGCCGAGUGGAGGUCCUCUACCGAGGCUCCUGGGGCACCGUGUGUGAUGACAGCUGGGACAUCAGUGAUGCCAAUGUGGUCUGCAGACAGCUGGAAUGCGGAUGGGCCAUGUCAGCCCCAGGAAAUGCCCGCUUUGGUCAGGGCUAUGGACCCAUUGUCCUGGAUGACGUGCGCUGCUCAGGGUAUGAGUCCUACCUGUGGAGCUGCUCCCACAAUGGCUGGCUCUCCCACAACUGUCAGCACAGUGAAGACGCUGGUGUCAUCUGCUCAGGUGAGCCUCCAAGACCUUGGGCUCCCUCUGUUGGGCUGGAAUUGACACCAAGAUCUGAUUCCGGUUUGGCCCUGAGGCUGGUGAAUGGAGGUGACAGGUGUCAAGGCCGAGUGGAAGUCCUGUACCGAGGCUCCUGGGGCACCGUGUGUGAUGACAGCUGGGACAUCAGUGAUGCCAAUGUGGUCUGCAGACAGCUGGACUGUGGCUGGGCCACGUCAGCUCCAGGAAAUGCCCGUUUUGGUCAGGGCUAUGGACCCAUUGUCCUGGAUGACGUGCGCUGCUCAGGGCAUGAGUCCUACCUAUGGAGCUGCCCUCACAAUGGCUGGCUCUCCCACAACUGUCGCCAUAGUGAAGACGCCGGUGUCAUCUGCUCAGCUUCCCAGUCCCAGUCAACGCCCAGGCCAGAUGCUUGGCCAGCCACUGACUUACCUGCAUCUACAAUAGGAUCUGAAUCCGGUUUGGCCCUGAGGCUGGUGAAUGGAAGUGACAGGUGUCAGGGCCGAGUGGAGGUCCUGUACCGAGGCUCCUGGGGCACCGUGUGUGAUGACAGCUGGGACAUCAGUGAUGCCAAUGUGGUCUGCAGACAGCUGGAAUGCGGAUGGGCCAUGUCAGCCCCAGGAAAUGCCCGCUUUGGUCAGGGCUAUGGACCCAUUGUCCUGGAUGACGUGCGCUGCUCAGGGUAUGAGUCCUACCUGUGGAGCUGCCCUCACAAUGGCUGGCUCUCCCACAACUGUCAGCACAGUGAGGACGCUGGUGUCAUCUGCUCAGCUUCCCAGUCCUGGUCAACGCCCAGGCCAGAUGCUUGGCCAGCCACUGACUUACCUGCAUCGACCAUAGAAUACAAUUCUGGUUUGGUCCUGAGGCUGGUGAAUGGAGGUGACUGGUGUUAGGGCCAGAUGGAGGUCCUGUACCAAGGCUCCUGGGGCACCGUGUGUGAUGACAGCUGGGAGACCAAUGGUGCCAAUGUGGUCUGCAGGCAGCUGCGCUUUGGCUGGGCCAUGGCAGCCCCAGAAAAUGCCAGGUUUGGUCAGGGCUCAGGACCCAUUGUCCUGGAAGAUAUGCCCUGCUCAGGGAAUAGUGAGUCCGACCUGUGGAACUGUCCCCACAGUGGCUGGCUCUCCCAUAACUAUCAGCACAGUGAAGACGCUGGGGUCAUCUGCUCAGCCGCCCAGAUAAAUUCUACUGUGGCAGAUUGGUGGCAUCCAAUAACUACAACCACUGCAAGACCCUCUUCAAAUUGUGGUGGCCUCUUAUUCAAUGCCAGUGGGACCUUCUCCAGUCCAUCCUACCCUGGAUACUAUCCCAACAAUGCUAAGUGUGUUUGGGAAAUAGAAGUGAAUUACGAUUACCGCAUAAACCUGGGCUUCAGUAAUCUGCAGUUGGAGGGGCACAAUAGCUGCAGUUUUGAUUAUGUUGAAAUCUUUGAUGGAUCACUGAACAGCAGCCACCUGCUGGGGAAAAUCUGUAAUGAUACCAGGCAAAUAUUCACAUCUUCUUACAACCGAAUGACCAUUCACUUUCGAAGUGACAUCAGUUUCCAAAAUACCGGCUUUUUGGCUUGGUAUAACUCCUUCCCAAGCGAUGCCAGCUUGAGGUUGGUCAAUUUAAACUCAUCCUAUGGUCUAUGUGCUGGGCGUGUGGAAGUUUACCAUCGUGGUACAUGGGGGACAGUUUGUGAUGACUCCUGGACCAUUCAUGAAGCUGAGGUGGUCUGCAGACAGCUAGGGUGUGGACAUGCACUCUCAGCCCUUGGAAACGCCUAUUUCGGCUCUGGCUCUGGCCCCAUCACCCUGGAUGACGUAGAAUGCUUGGGGACAGAAUCUACUCUCUGGCAGUGCCGGAACCGAGGCUGGUUCUCCCACAACUGUCGUCACCAAGAAGAUGCUGGUGUCAUCUGCUCAGGAUACCAGCUGUCCACAACUGCUCCUUUUCCCACCGUCAGUCAUCCAAACACAAAUUAUUCCUGUGGAGGCUUCCUGAACCAACCAUCAGGGCACUUCUCCAGCCCAUUCUAUCCUGGGAACUAUCCGAACAGUGCCAACUGUGUGUGGGACAUUGAGGUUCAAAGCAACUACCGUGUGACUGUGAUCUUCAGAGAUGUCCAGCUUGAAGGUGGCUGCAACUAUGAUUAUAUUGAAGUUUUCGACGGCCCUUACCACAGUUCCCCUCUCAUCGCUCGAGUUUGUGAUGGGGCCAGUGGCUCCUUCACUUCCUCCUCCAACUUCAUGUCCAUUCGCUUCAUCAGCGACCGCAGCGUCACGAAGAGAGGGUUCCGGGCUGAGUACUACUCCAGUCCCUCCAAUGACAGCACCAACCUGCUCUGUCUGCCAAAUCACAUGCAAGCCAGUGUGAGCAGGAGCUACCUCCAAUCCCUGGGCUUUUCUGCCAGUGACCUUGUCAUUUCCAACUGGAACGGUUACUACCAGUGUCGGCCCCAGAUAACGCCGAGCCAGGUGAUAUUCACAAUUCCCUACUCAGGCUGCGGCACCAUCAAGCAGGUAGACAAUGACACCAUCAACUAUUCCAACUUCCUCAAAGCAGCAGUCUCCCAUGGCAUCAUCAAGAGGAGGAAGGACCUCCUUAUUCACGUCAGCUGCAAGAUGCUUCAGAACACCUGGGUCAACACCAUGUACAUUGCUAAUGACACCAUCCGGGUCGAAGAAGUGCAGUAUGGCAAUUUCGACGUGAACAUUUCCUUUUAUUCUUCCUCCUCUUUCUUGUAUCCUGUGACCAGCCGCCCUUACUACGUGGACCUGAACCAGAACUUGUAUCUUCAGGCUGAAAUCCUCCAUUCUGAUGCCACGCUGGCCUUGUUUGUGGACACCUGCGUGGCAUCACCAUACUCCAAUGACUUCACGUCUUUGACUUAUGAUCUCAUCCGGAGCGGAUGCGUGAAGGAUGAAAGCUACCGGCCCUACUCACAGCCGUCUCCUGGCAUUGCCCGCUUCCAGUUCAGUGCCUUCCACUUCCUGAGCCGCUUCCCCUCCGUGUACCUGCAGUGUAAAAUGGUGGUGUGCAGGGCGUAUGACUACUCUUCCCGUUGCUACCGAGGCUGCGUGGUGAGGUCCAAGAGGGAUGUGGGCUCCUACCAGGAAAAGGUGGAUGUCGUCCUGGGUCCCAUCCAGCUGCAGACACCACGCCAAGAAGAGGAGCCUCGGUAG